UAAUCUAAGGUUUCCUGUUUUUACCACCUGUUUUCCUUGGAACAUACUUCCUCCUCACGAUCUUCCCAUGUCUUCUGAAGCUCACGGCAGGAUGCGUAUACUGUCCUAACCCGAGCACCCAAGCUCCCCAAACAGCCUAUAAUUACCCUAAGUUCCUUGGCUCUGACUUCACGAUGAAAUUUAAUCAAGUUCAUCGCCUGGACACCUCGAGUGACGAGUGUGGUCAACGAACGUGCUCAUCUUGGCAAAUAUGAAAAGCUGUUCUGAUGCAAUUACAUCGGAGUUGAGAAUCUUCUGUCAGUUUGGGUCGUGAUAAGAGUAGCCGAGUAGAUAGCAAGUAUUUUCCCCCCUAUAAAGGCUCACGUUCAGCCGGCGAGUCGUACUUGUGUUUAUGUAUACACGUGAGGAUCCAACAGUUCUAUCUGAGUGCACCGGCAGUGAAGAUGACAGCUGUAUAAUUAAUCUGCUCCGACAGUGUUUUUGUUUCCCGUCUUGUGCAAUGAUGGGGGAAUGGUAUUACCCACGAUUUCCAGUCGGUAUUCACAACGAUUAUUAUCUGGAUUCACACAACAACCAGAGGUACUUUUCCAGUGUAGCGAGUGGCAUACACCGUGGGGUCAUCUCAAUGAGUGAAGUGGCGCUUGCUAGCUCCAGCCCGCCAGAUACGAUAAGACGGAACUCCUCCGCUGAUGAGGAUGGGCAGAUCGGGCACAAUGCGGCAGAGGAGAUUAGCCGAUCACCUCAUCACAAUGCUCUCCACUUUCACUCCUCCCAGAAGGUUGCGGCAGCAGCAAACCGCUCCAGCCCCUCCAGCCUGGAGAAGUCUGCGGCGGCGGCUGCUGCAGCAGCUGCAUCGGAGCAGCAGCACCAGCAGCAUCAGUUCCUCCUCCAUCAUCACCUGUCACAGCAGCAGAUGCAGCAGUUGUUACAGCAGCAGGUGCUGACCCCACAGCAACUGCAGCUGCUCAUGCAGCAGCAGUCCUUUCUGCAACAGCAGCAGAAACUUCAAGAGCAAGCCCAACUGUUGCAGCAGAUGCAGGCAGCCACGGCAGCAGCUGAGAGUGGUGGCAAGAACAGCGGUAAACUGCAGCAGCAGCAACAGCAGCUGCACAGCCUGGCCAUGCAGCAGGCUCACCUCUUACAGACACUGCAGGCGCAGCAGGCUGCAGCUGCUAGUCAGUUACUGGCACAGCAGGCUGCUGUAGGGCAACCCAUCUCAGUUGCUCACAUACCUCAGGGUAUGAGCCAAGCAGAGGUGCAAGCUCUUUGGAAAGAGGUCUCAGCUGCUACCGGAGCGGCAGAAGAUGGCAAGGCCACGUCGGCUGCAAACAGCACUCCAACAUCUCAAAGCUCCAGUCACACUCGAUCUAUGGUGAAUGGUGCCCAUGAAGCUAUGCUGCAUCAAGCUCAGUUCAUGAUUCCUCCACAUGGAAUGAUGCUUCAAUCUGAGGAGAGUGCAAUGAACCCCAACAGUCACCCUCUGUACGCGCACGGCAUGUGUAAGUGGCCAGGAUGUGAGACGGUGUGCGACGACUUCCAGGCAUUUCUUAAGCACCUGAGUACUGAGCAUGCUCUGGAUGACCGGAGCACGGCGCAAGCUCGUGUCCAGCUCCAAGUGGUCAGUCAGUUGGAGAUCCAGCUGGCCAAAGAGCGAGAGAGACUGGCGGCCAUGAUGGCACACCUUCACAUGAAACCAAUGGAGUCUAGACCAGAAUCUUCCAAGAGCUACAACCCCAGUAAGAAGACUCUACUUCCCCCUCAGACUCCGCCUUCGGUUCCCAAGACCAUGGCCCUGGUUCAACCGCCCAGCAUCAUUCAGCCUCCAUCACUCUCCCAUCUCAGCCUGCUCAAGCCCAUGCGGCAUCCCACGCCCAACCUACCGACGCACCACAUGCGCAUGCCGUCACCGCCACCGAUGUCGCAGUCCCAACCACCCAUGACGAGCACGCCGUCCAAUAUACAGAUUAACAUCACACCCGGCGGAGGACCAAUCAGAAGACGGACCAGCGAGAAGUACGGCAUUUCCUUAGGAACAGGCCUUUGCUUUCCUGCUGCAGAGAUCUAUCGUAAUGCUGACUUCUACAAGAUGGCUGACGUGCGACCGCCGUUCACCUACGCAGCGCUCAUCAGGCAAGGUAUCCUGGAGUCUCCGGACGGCCAGCUCACUCUCAAUGAGAUUUACAAUUGGUUUACACGAACGUUUGCUUACUUCAGGCGGAAUGCUGCUACGUGGAAGAAUGCUGUACGGCAUAAUCUCAGUCUACACAAGUGUUUUGUGAGAGUAGAGAACGUCAAAGGUGCUGUCUGGACGGUGGAUGAGCUCGAAUUCAUGAAAAGAAGACCACAAAAACUCAGCAGCUGCUUAACCACACCCCCCUCCACUCCCACCACACCCACCGCACCGGUCAGUAGAUCGUUGGACAUCAGUGCAAGCCCGCUGCCUCUUAAUCUGGAAACACCUCAGGCAAGCAGUGGUUCUGGUGGUGCCCUCCCAUUACUGAGUGAUGCUGCAGCGGCUAGCUCCAUCCAUGAUCAGCAGCCGCAGAGUGAUGAGGUCUUUGAAGUAGAGGAAGUCUCGGAAUCCAUGGAGCAUUGUAUGGAACAAGAUGAACCUGAAGAUUUGAGUGACAACAAACAAGAGCUACCCACCCGUGUCAAGCUGGCGUCAUCUCGCUUCAAUAACACAAUGGAGGAGGAGGAGAUCAACGGCACUGACCACGCAGAGCCGAGGUACGUUACGGCCGAGCAAGAAGCGGAGAACGACUACACGGAAGCCGAACUGGAGACGGAGACUCGCUACCUGAGAAUCCAGCAGGAGCAGAACCUCAGGUACCUUGAGCAGACCGAGGAGGAGGGGAUAGCGGCAGAGGAAGACCUUGAAGAUGCGGAGGUGGAGGAGGAAGGAGUAGGGGAGAUGGAGAGAUUGCCAACGAUGAAUGGUCAAGUCAUGAUGGGAGGAGGACAUAAUCAUUUACAUCAUCUUGAGCAGGAGCAACCCGAAGAUCUCAGUCGAGAGCCAAGGUAUGUGACAUCGGACCAAGACAGCAGGGAAGCAGACGCAGUUGUGGUGACCAAUGGCCAAGGGUUGAUGGACAAGUCGGGUCAUAUGACCCAUCACAUGACACAUCACAUGGGGCCAGAAGAAGCAGAAGAAGAAGGAGAAGGAGAUGAAGGAAUAGAAGAAGAACAAGUAGAAGCGCAAUACAGUCAGGGAUACCAUCCAGAGGAUGAGGCACUGAUGCGAAGGGAUGAAGCACUGAUGCACAGUAAGAUGGAUCCUCGAUUCUCAACGACGCAAGAGGAGAUGAGUUUCUCGACGUCACAGGAAGAGAUGGACCACGAAGAGGUCAUGGAACGCCAGGAAGAGUUGAUUCGCAAUGACAACCUGGACCCUCAGGUAAUGACGUCUGCCAAAGCUCCGGUCUACUUGGAAGAACCUAACCACCUCAAGCAGAUGGACAAUGGUAGAGAGUAACGGCGUUGAUGGAUCCAAGAUUGAAAUACUCUUGGAUUUAUUGUUAUGAAUGGACCAACUUAAUGUUUGGUGGGUGGGGCAAGGGGGUUGUUGACCAUGUCUGCAAGAGUCAUGAAAGCCUUAAACUCAAGCCAGCGAGUUUCAGGAUUUUGAAGUGCAGACAGGGUGGAUUUGAACCACAGAUAAAGCUGGGAUUGAUUCGAGAACAGGUGUAGAUUGGAACCCUGGAAACGCUGGAUUCAAACUACCAUGGACGUCAUUCUAAGAGAUACAGUAUCAUAUUAUUAGUCCUCAUGCAAUCAUGACGAUGAUUGGGACCUCAAACCAUGUACAAUGAUGGCCUUGCACUCUGUCAAUACAACUUUCUUACUAUUGUGUCAAUAGUAGCGUUUGUGUUUCACUUUUAGUGGUCCUGCUGUAUUUAAUAAGGCCUGGGUCAGCCAUCUUGCUUAGUGCCCAUCCAACCUCUAAUGCGAAGUCGGAUGGCAGAUGUAUUUCCCUCACAAAUUCUGUGAUAAAACUCAGUGUGAAUGCUGCCAUGUCCUCCACCAGGUUGCCUAUGUAUUGAUAAUAGUUCUAUGGCAUGAACCACUCGCGAUAAUAGCACAGGCUAUCCCCAUCACUUGAUAAACAUAUUGACUGGCCAUGCACUCACUAGUGACCAGCUAAACAGUCACUAAUGACUAGUAGUAAGUCUUCAGUGCAUAAUGUAUCUGAGGUUCUGUGCUGUACAUGUACUUGUACUAGCAGGGUUAUAGCCAGGAGUUGGAAGUACAGUUGGCAGUAAAUUGAAAAAUUAGAGCAUCACAAUUUUUCACUUAAAGUACAUUAAGAUGAACAUGAAAUAUUUUGGGACUAGUGGCUGAAGAAGUGAUAGUGUUUGGGGACUAGUGGCUAAGGAAGUGCUAGUGUUUGGGGGUUUGGGGACUAGUAGCUGAAGAAGUGCUAGUUUUUGGGGACUAGUGGCUUAGGAAGUGCUAGUUUCCGGGGAAUAGUGGCUGAUGAAGUGCUAGUGUUUGGGGAUGUCCAGAUGUACCUAGUGACUUGUUCAUGCUUGGUGCAUUCUUCAAGUACUAGCCUGCCAGGUUUAGCCCGAAACCCCAGCCCUUUGACCCAUCUGUAUUGAGAAGUGUGUUAUAAAGUAUACACCGCUGAUGCCUAGAGUUUGGGAGCGUGUCUUGCUAUUUGGGCAUAUCCUUGUUCAAUAGGCGUUGCGCUGUUAAACUCAUGAGGCUAAUGUGCAUAAUGGCUUCCUUCAGUUAGUUAUAUUUAGAAGAGGGAAGAAAAUUCCGAAGAGAGAAAUUGGUCACAUGAAGUAGGUCUUUUGACGUUAGUUAUCCCAAAUCGUUGACAGAUUUGUCUGCAUGCCCGAUGAACGAUGUCUUUGGUAGCCAGAGUUUCUUCAGGGAUUGGUGGAUGUCAGACUCUGAAAGUGCACUGCAGGGAGCUAGCGAUUGUAUGUAAGACUAACGUAAUUGACCAUGCAUCUUGGUUUGAUCGUUGUCGUCAGUCGCGCCAUACUUACUGUAAGCCCUUCAACGAUUGGCUAUGAAGUGUAAGGAAUCAACCUGAAAGAAGGCUUCCCGAAAAACUAAAUUCCAAAAAGCAACACUCGUUGCAGAGAAUGUUACAACUAUUUAAGAGCUUAUCUGUAAAAAUUAAAAGCCAAAAUUUCACUUGUGUGACCAGAAUAUAUCGUUGACAUUUUUUGGCAGCUUUUUCAGUGUGUCUUCAUUCGUAACAAUCUUGUAUAAUUCACUUUGUAUACGAUCAAUCUUUUAAAGACUAAAACAAAACAAGGUAAUCAGGAAAUACUUCAUGAAUUCUUAAAAAACUAUUGUGUAUUAAUAAUCAGCUGUGGCCAAAUAUCCUUUGCUGUUGACAGUGAGAAUGGGGUGAGUUUGGAUUUUAUUCGUAACCGUCUAAUUUGUUAGAUGAUUGUUUUUAUUUAUUAUUAUUAUUAUUAUUUGUUUACAUUUUGAGCUAUGUGCUGUAUUUACAAUCCAAAACGUUUUAUAUUUUAACAGUGGCAGUUUGUCAUCUCAGUAUCUCAAUUGUUUCUAUCAGUUAUUUAUUUGUUAAAGAUGACUUGGUAGCACUUGAGCUGCUUCAUUGUAUAUUCUAAGAUGUUUAUUGACCCUAGAUGAGAAUUGGUUUCUCAUUUGUGACAGCUACGCUUGCCGACAAAGAUGCACUGGGAAACAAUUUAUCUUGAAAGAAGACGAAGGUUCUUGUAAUUUGUACCCCAGUCACAAAUACAUUACGGUUGCUUUUUCGAAUAGAUUGCGUCAAAUUUAUUUAUUUUUGGCCGGGGCCCCACGGUGGAAUCGGGCGGGCAUCCAGAUACUUUAAACUCAAACUUUAAACCUGGUGCAGCGUUUCGUAUCGAAAACCGAUCGCCAAUAAAUCAGUGGAUGCCUGGCCGAUGUCCGGCAGCGGAUUAAUCACAUCUGGUGGUUGCUGGGCUAUCAGAACGAAAAUUAUUUUAGCAUGUGCAGUGGAUUUAUGCAACUCCUUCUGUGAUUGUUACUUUUUCUCAAAAACUUGAUGACUAAUGAAGCUGAAACUUCUACAGGCGAGUAGGGAUUCAUGUUUCGUCCAAAGACUUUGUCUACAAAAGGUAUCAAAACCCUUUCAGUUAUUAUGACAUCGGCAACUAAUUGAGAAACUCCUCCUUGGAGGCCAUCAUAGAAAACACACUGUCACUUUGCGUUUAUAUAAAGUUUGAAUCAUGCUUUUAGGCUAAUGGUUAGUGUAAAAUGAGGGGUGAGGUUUCUCAUGAAAGUAUGAAAAAAACAUUUUUUUAUGGAAAUACAGCAAAUGUUUUGCCAACUUCUGUUUAGGCAAGCGUGUUGUACAUAGGAUGGUUGAACAAAACGCGAAUGUUCUUUGUAGGGUUAAAUUAAGUGCCAAGUAAUCAAACAAGAUGUAAAAGCCUUUAAAUACAAGAUGUGGAGAACCAAUCUUUCUUAGGAAUUUUUUCGUACCUUGUGAAUUGACAAGAUUUAAAGUAAGUUUUAAAAUCACAUUAAAAAAAUGUAAAUAUGGCUGGGCCAUUACUAUUGUAAAAACAAAAAGACAAAAAAAAGUAACUAAAAUUGGUUGUAAAACUGCAGAGAUUGUUAAAGAUAUUAAUUUAAAAUUGCUGUAUGUUGUGACAUUUGAUUACGUGACCAAAGAAAAAUCAAAAGAUGUUUGUGGCUUUAUUCAAACAUGUUUUUACCAGAUACUCUAGGAGAGAAGAGGUUUUCUCGUAGUAACUCAUGUUUUUUCUCGAAACAUUUUUCCCUUCUAUCUCCUUGUAAAGCUUCCAUAAAAGUAAUUUUAAGUGUACUAUUUAUGUUUUCUUAUUUAGGACUUAAUGCCUACCUCAGAUGUGUUGAUAGUAAUAAAAGUAACUUUCUUGACAAGCUGAAAAGGGUCCAGCUGUUCGAAUGGUCUGGAAUAGUUUUUACAUACAAAGGAUUUGAAACUUUGCAUGGUGGAAAUAAGAUAUUGUAAGGUUUGCGGUAACACCAUGUAAUGGUAAUCUUUAA